AUGGGAGCAGCUGGAGUUGGAGUGGGUGUGGGGGGUGACAUAUGGAAGGCCCAUACGGCCAUGGCGAUGGUGCAGCUUUUCAAUGGCAUCUACCAUGUCAUCACCAAAGUGGCCCUUAAUGUUGGCGUCAACCAAUUAGUCUUCUGUGUCUUUCGCGAUGCCAUUGCUCUUUCAAUCCUCGCACCCCUUGCUUAUAUUCGUGAAAAAGAUUCCUCCCUCUUAACCAGGCCUUUGGUUUCACCAUUUAUUUAUUUAUCGGUUCCACUUUUAAAAAAGUUGAGUAUUGCGGAUUCAAUCGAUAAGGGGAACUGGGCUUUUGAGUCUCUGAGUUAUGUGUUAAGACAAUAUUUCUAUGACCAUUGGAGUGUUUGGAUCGUAGGACGGAUUCGACCACCCACUACUAAGAACCUCCUGGUUUCAUUCUUCUUUCUUGGAUUAACUGGGAUAUUUGGCAACCAGCUUUUGUUUCUUAUUGGUUUAAGCUAUACUAAUCCAUCUUAUGCGGCUGCCAUACAACCGGCCAUUCCGGUCUUUACCUUUAUGUUGGCUGUAAUGAUGGGUACAGAAAGAGUAAACCUAGCCAGAUAUGAUGGUCUGGCAAAAGUUGGAGGAACCAUCAUCUGUGUUUCUGGUGCCAUAUUAAUGGUUUUGUAUCGUGGUCCAGCUUUGAUAGGACAUGCUCCAAUCGAUCAUGGUACACAAAAUGAAAUAAGUGCCAAAGGACAGCCAGAGCCAACUGGAUGGUUAAUUGGUGCUUUACAAGCUAUCGGGUUUGACCGUUUUCAUCUUGGGGUUCUGUGCUUGAUUGGGAACUGCAUUUGUAUGGCUGCGUUUCUAGCCAUUCAGGCACCAGUAUUAAAAAAAUAUCCAGCAAACAUAUCUGUCACAGCAUAUUCAUACUUAUUCGGAACUUUACUGAUGGUCACGGUGUCAUCAUUCGUGAAUACCGAGUCAAGUGACUGGAGUUUGGCAUCAUCAGAAGUACUUGCUGUUAUUUAUGCUGGAACUGUUGCAUCUGCACUUAACUAUGGACUCAUUACAUGGUGCAACAAAAUCUUGGGGCCAGCCAUGGUUUCCAUUUACAAUCCGCUUCAACCUGCGUUUUCAGCCAUCCUGUCACAAAUUUUCCUUGGAAGUCCAAUUUACUUGGGAAGCAUCAUAGGAGGAUCUUUUAUCAUUACUGGUCUAUAUUUGGUUACUUGGGCAUCUUUUAAAGAAAAACAAGCAAAUCUUGGAGGUGGAGUUGCUGCUCAUGCCUCUUGGAAGGCUGAAUCCUUCAUGUGCUCAUACCUUGGAAAGGGUUCUCGCAAUGUUCAGAAAACUCCUGGUGGCCUCAUCUUCCGCCAGAGAUGGAACAACAUGCAGUUUGUCACAAGUGCCUCAUUUUUAGCCACUGUCUAUUCUGACUACCUUGCUUCUUCUGGUAGAAACUUGAGAUGUAAUUCAGGAAAUGUUGCUCCUGCUGAGCUUCUCUCCCUUGCAAAGUCUCAGGUAAUUCCACCCCCUGCUUUCCCUUUCAUAGUUUCACUUGGUUAG